AUGGAGUUCAUAGGCCUACAGAUGCUGGUGACCCUUCGCCAGCCUGAAGGCACCAUGCUCAAGGGCACAGUCAGCGAGAUUGAACCUGGCGCCAUCUUUACCAUGGGCACAAACCAUUGGAUCCCCAGAAUAUUGAUCGAUGCGGCCAACAUACUCGAGCUGUCCGAGUACAAGGAAAAAAUCGCGCCCAACACCUUCACCGCGCCGGGCAUAAGUCCUGUUCCCGCCCCUGUCGUCCCCCAGCCUGCGCAACCUGCCUUCGCUGAUCCCGCAAUCCUUAGUAUGGGGAAGCGGCCCGGCUCUAGUAUUAUAAGUGGCAGCGACAGUCAAGUCCUUCCUGAGGUGAUACCCCAACCAAACGUGGGCAUUGCAAGGGACCCUCAGCCAGGACAACCUGGGGUUCUGCCUCCCAUCCAUCUGGCGAUGGCAUCGAGAAAAGAUGAGGUGAAUAUCGGCCUCAGCGAGUCUUUGCAGGAGUUGGACGUGGAUGAGCCGACACCCACUGCUGCAAGACAUUACGCCGCUGGAGCUUCUGUCGCGCAGGAUGCGCACGAGGCAUCGGGUCCGUCGCAACCAAAGAAGAAGAGCAGGCGUCGUGAGAAGGCAAAGGCCCCCAGGAACGGCACUGCCGAGGAGAAUGCGCAGGAAAGCACGCCGUCCCGUGGCAAUCCCGCCAAUCGUGGCAAGGGCUGGAGACAGACGCCCAUCCUGCAGAGCUCGCCCUCAUUCCAACCCUUCAAUUCACUCAAGCGCGGAAUCAAAGGCAAGAAAGACCUCCCCGAAAAUGGCUGGGCAUCCGAAGACGUCACCGAGGAAAUGGCGGAAUUCGACUUCGAGGGCAGUCUGGCCAAGUUCGACAAGCGCACCAUUUUCGAUCAGAUGCGAAAGGAGGAUCAAGUGGACGAGGCCGACAGACUGGUAUCGCACAAUCGCAAACCUAAGCCCGGAACCGCAGGCGGCAAGAAUCUCCACUACACAGAAAACGUGCUCGACAUGCCUUCCUCAAGCUCAAAAGCGAACCAGGAUUUCUGGAACAGCGAGGCUGAUGACGCCGUUAACGGAGGCGAUCGGUUGAGCGGGCGCGAGGUCCGAAGCGCUCAGGGUAGUCGGAGGGCAGAGAGCAAGCCAGGGGCUGCAAGGAGGUCGCAAUCUCGCAAGGCGAGCGCGCAGCUUACUAGCCAGCCUCUGAAUCGCGUGAACUCCAGCCAUGGGACCCAGCCCGGCUUCUACCUCUUGCCAUCGAACCGACGUCUGGAAACCGUCUCCGCUCUACAGAUGCUCAAUCUUGAGAACAUAGCUGCAAAUGAGAUUGGGCUGACAGAAGACAUGAUGACGGAGAACGCGGGGCGAGGCAUAGCAGAAGUCACCUUGACUGCGCUCGAAGACCCAGCCAUCCAGGUACGACUCGGCACAGGCGGUGCUAAUGCACCGACCGAGAAUCCAGUGGCAGCUGCCACUGUUGUUAUGCUAGCCGGUAACAACAAAUCGGGUAUCCGGGCGAUUGCCGCGGCUCGGCAUCUUAGAAACAAGGGGCUUAAUAUCCUCGUUUGUGUUGUUGGCAUCGAGCGCGAGCGGGACUUGCUGGAAGACAUGCGGCAGCAAAUCCGAAUCUUCAAGAACUUUGGAGGUCGCGUGCACACCAAGCUGGAGUUGUUUGAACAGCUCCGAAAGACAUCUUCGAACCCGGCAGCCUCAGUAACCCUCAUCAUCGAUGCCCUCUUGGGCUUGGCAAUCUCGUUUGAGGAAUUGCGAACUGGCGACCAAGCCACCGUCUACGAGCUGAUUGAAUGGGCCAACCGCAACGAAGCGUUUGUUCUUGCGGUGGAUGUGCCAACUGGUAUCGACCCGUCGACUGGAAAGGUCAGCAUUAUCGAUGGUGGCCGUCUAUAUGUCAAACCCCGAUACGUUGUCGCUAUGGGCGCACCGAAGAAGGGGUUGCUCGAGGCGAUGGCCCCGGUUGAAUCGGAUCCCAUCAGUAGCCAAGUAGGAGGGGCUGUGGCAGAGGACAACGACUGGAAGCUGUUCAUUGCUGACAUGGGUCUUGGUGCUGCCGUCUGGAAGAAAGCUGGGACCAAGAUCCGCAGAGGCAUCGACUUUGACAACAAAUGGGUGCUGCAAAUGCGGUACCAGCCAAUCUUGACGCAGGAGUAA